CCAUAUUUACCAUUUUAAGAAAAAAAAACAAAGAGUACUAAAAUGGGUCACUUGAAGCUCUCGAGUCUUCUCCUUGUUGUUCUUUUGAUACUUAACAUUCUUCUGGUUUCUGCAGAUACUACAAGCACUCAAGUCAAUUAUGUGAUGGACCGUGCAGCUACAAGAGGGAAACUGGUCGCUGGAUUGCCUCGGAGGGCAAGGAUUAACCACGGGAGCUAUCGUGGGCCGAGGAAACAUCUAGUGAAUCCCACCGUGGUACAAGAUGCUUACACAGUUCCUGAGUCUUCAGCUUGAAUGGAAGAACUUAUCAAACAAGAUCAGUUUGUAGUAGCAAGCAAUAUAACACAACGAAUAAAGAUGCUAUGUAUUUUCUUCAUGUUGAAGUAAAAAGCUAAAGUGGAUAAACAAAGUUUGUUUGAGUUUGAAAGUACUUUUUCUCUCUUAUUACUUUAGUAGAACUCAAUGAAUAUUACCC